CUAGUUCUCAUAUUAGGUCAAGUAAGGGAUUAAAUGAGUAGUUAAACUUCUUUACAAUAAUGCUUAAGAGCAAAGUAGUGUGUAUAUGGCCCAUAACAUAAAAUAAGUUUGACAUCUCUGGUUAACUACAAUAACGUUCCUCUACUCUGAAGGAUCCACCACUGACAAACUUCCGUUGUUGCCUUUUGAAAGUUGUACUCUGAAAGUUUACAGGCCGGAUGUUCUUUAAUAACGUGCCUGUUGGCUCCGCCCCCUUGCUACCUGUCAGCACAGGUAUUGCGGUUCUUGGGAAGCAGCAACAGCAGCAGCGGAAUCAGCAGCGGUGGCGCACUGAGGGGGAAGUUAUUUUUAAAUCUUUGGGCCAUGGCGGAGUCUCAGCUGGUGUGCAUGGAUGAUGAGCACAUUAACGAGAAGGUCCCGGAGUCCAAGCCGGAGUUUUACUACAGUGAGGAGCAGCGUGCGGCCCUGGAGCAGCUGCUGAGGAAUGGGGACGGAGCCUUCAAGAUGCGCCUCCAGGAGGACAACACCAAAGACUUCCUAUGCGCCCGGGAGGUCAAAGUUAUCCGCAAAACUUUCCACGAGUACGACACGGACAGCGACUCCGAGUCCGGGGAGCACGAUAAGUCCAAGGGCUCCUCCAGCGCGGACUCCGGGGUCCACUCCACCUACUGGCCCCAGAUGUCCGACACAGAGGUCCCGACUCUGGACAUCGGUUGGCCCGGCAGCAGCGGCGUCUACAAGGGGGUGACCCGGGUGUCCGUGUACACCCACCCCCCCAAAGAGCAGGGACCGCACAUCAAGGCGGUGGUGAGGAGGCUCAUCCAGGAGUCACACAAGGUAGUGGCCAUCGUCAUGGACCUCCUCACGGACCUGCAGAUUCUCCAGGACCUGCUGGAUGCGUCGUCACGGCGUGGCGUGGCAGUUUACGUUGUGCUGGAGGCCAGGGGAGUGCCCCACUUUCUGGAUAUGUGCUCUCGGCUGCAGAUUAACGCGAUGCAUCUGCGGAAUCUACGUGUGCGGAUGCUAAAAGGUGCAGGGCUGGCCCUGUCCUUUGGAAAACUGCCAGGCUCCCUGUGCUCCAAAUACAUGCUGGUAGAUGGAGAGAAGGUCAUGUUCGGGUCUUACAGCUUCACUUGGAGUUCGUCCCGGCUGGACAGGAACAUGAUCACGGUGAUGUCGGGACACACUGUGGACUUCUUUGACAACGACUUCCGAGAGCUGUACGCAGUGUCUGAGCAGGUGGACCUGUACAGAGAGUUCAACAUCACUAAGCCGCCUCUUCCUACACCAGUCAUGAAGCCAAAGAUGCAGCACAUCCGGCCUCUGCCCGUCACUACAUCUCGCUUUCAGGUAUCGGUUGGGGACUCCAGGCAGAUUGACCUGAAAGUUCCUGCGCAUAAGUACCACAAUCCCAAGUACUCGCUGGUUUUCGGGAACAGUUUGGGUCUGACGGGUUCGCUACAGGACUUGUCGACUCAGAGGGACUCGCUAGUAGGUGGGUUGAACCAGAGGAACGGUCUGCAGAACGGCUUUCUCAAUGCAAACAAGGAAAAGUUGGACCGAGCCUCCCCACAGAGUCCGGGUUCACCUACAGAGGAGGAUGGAAAAGGAGGUCAGAAGAACCAGGCAGACGGACCCAAAAAGCGCAGCUCCUUCAGGCAUUUCUUGAAAGGCAGAGGAGCCAAUCACAGUACAGACACUAUCGAGGAAGGCGUGGUCACUCCUCAGAGCCCCUCCCCCACUAUCACAGCAGACUGUAAAGUCUCAGUGGCCAACAGGGUUGCAGGAAAUGAAUCCGACGACUCAUUUCAGUUCAUUGAGAAACCAGGACCACUGAAAACCAAAAUCAAGAAGCCGUCGAAGUUCAUUCAGAGGAGCGUGUCUAUGCAGACCAUCAGCACGGCAGACGAAGACGGGUUCAAAAGUCGCCGCCGGCAUCAGAAGAGGAACUGCAUCCAAUCAUGAGAAAAAACACGAGGAUAUUCGGACACUUUAGGGUCUGGUUGUUAAACCUGCUGCAGCGGGUGAGUCUCUGUAUCGCCUCACUGCAACCAGCUGACAUUUCUUCACGAAAAAUGAGUGCAGUUUGUCCCUCUGGACACGUAUGCUGCUUCAGGCUGAGCUGAAGGUCAACACUAGAGACACGCUGCAGCUGAACUCCCUCGAGACGUUUUCGGCCAAAGUGCUCGUGGGAGAUUUUAUUGCCACUAUUAAAUGUAUUUUCUACACUUUUUUGGUAUUAAGUUAUUUUACAACUAAAGUGUUUUCAUGUUUUACACUCGUGAACCUAAAGACUGAGAGAGCAGCCGAUGACUGAUCCAGGUGACAUAGAUGGAUUACAUAACACCUCUUAGGUAUUCUGGUCUCCAUGGGGACAGGAAAAGUGAUCAGACGUGGUGUUGUACCCGAGUGUAACCUUACUGAGGACCCUUGGCAACAGUGUUUAUGGGAGUGUGUUGUACAGACUGUGAAUAAUGUAUGAGGAACUGUGCGUCUGCACUUUGGGAUUUUGUUUUGAUACGCAGGUGAAACAGGUCGGAGAAUAAAAUGGGAAUCCUUGAGAACCACUUGAGACACAAAUGAUCUGAACUGUUGCAGAAAUGGAAUAAAAACAAAAGGGAAAAAAAGUGUUUGUGUGACUUGGUGUCAGUUAAAGAGCAGCAUGCAGACAGAUAGCCUGUUAUUUUCAGAAAUGUAAACCAGGGGAGAUCGCUUUUUGAGCCCUGAGAUUUGAUGAAGAUCAACAGCGAAUAUUCAAAGCUUUGCCUGUCUGCACAGCAGGAGGUGGGGGUCAGGUCUUAUGCUGCUUACAAAGUUAGAAGGAACACGAUGUCUCCUGGUGAACUAUAGCUGAGUGCUGCUUCGUGGUGAGGGGUACAGAUGGGGAGGGGUGCCUCUUUCUGAUCUUAAGCAAGUUCCUAUAGAUUUUCAGUUUGGUGCUUAUUUAAAAAAAAAAAAAAAAGUCAAUAACUCUCAGCCAAUAACUGAGGCUUAGACUAUGAAGCAGGUUCAACAUAAAAAGUCAGGCCUUCUUUGCAUUUAAUUGCCCAACUUGACAUAAAACUCAAGUCAGAUUUAAGAGAAAUCACACUGGUUAGCAGCUUGAACUCUCUGUAUCAGGCUCUGACAGUAAAGGAGCAUUUAAAAUGCAUCAUUUGACUCUUCCUCCAUACAAUCUGGGUCGAUUGCGCACCGCCUACUUCGGUCAGAGAUAUUAUCAGAUAGAGUAAGCUAGAAAAGAAAUCCACUCUUAUGUUAAAAACAAGUCAAGAGUUGGUGAUGCUGCAGAAAAUUGUAACUUUUUGUCUCCAUGAGUGGACCUACAUAUUUGCUUCACCACUUAAUGCUGCAGGUGAUUUAAACUGUCUAGAAAACUGGAUACAUUGAAGUAUCAGUCCAUUCAUGUCUGACAGUCGUAGAGGCCAAUGACAGAGACCUGCAAAUUAGUUUGUGGUCAGAUCACAGAGAAAUUAAUCAGAUUUUAUCUACUCUGCAUACAGACUGAUUAAUUUUCUAAUGUCUGAUCUAUUAGCCAUAAUUCCAGCAGUGGAAAAUGGAAUUUGGGUACACUAGGACCAACUGAAUGAAUGUCUAUUCUUCUAAAUAUGUGGUGCUUUUUGCACUGGUGUAACUUUGCUGCACACUGCUUUGUUUCUCUCCGGUAGUUAAUUACUCCAGUUAGAGAUUGUAGUGGAGAAAAUCAGUGAAAAUGUUGAGCUACAGAAGAGUUUAAACCAAAGCCCUGAACAUAAUUUGCUCAGGACCAGGUUCUGAGUUUAGCAUUGGUUACCAUGAUGACGUAAGGGUAAGACGGCAGUCGCCUUCAUCACAGUGAAAACCCGUUGUAUCUCGCUAACCCCCAAAAGUUGAUUCUGUUCAUCUGGACGUAGCGUUUUCAGUGGGAGAAACGUUUCGUCACUCAUACAAGUGCCUUCUUCAGUCUCAGCUGACUGCAGGU